UGUGCUGAUGGCAUUCGAUAGAAACUGCAGAAUAAAUUUAGAAAAAUCUAAAAAUAAAAAAUAAAAACAGUUGACAAUUCAUUUUCCCAUUUCCAAAUAAAUUUUUUCCCUUUAAAUACAACAACUUAACUGUUCCAUUCUUCUAUAUCAUAAUUCCAUGAAUUUCUUACAUAUUAUCAUCAAUAAUAAAAUGUUUUUAUUCAUAAUUUUUCAAGAAAAUUUCCUUUAAUUUUUUCCCCUCAAAAUAUUUAAAAUUGCAUAAUUAUUUUUUUUAUUUUUUGGAAGAGGAAAAUGGAGAAUUCAUUGGGAAGUGCAUUUAUGGCUGUUUUUGCAGUUUCUGGAAGUGUUGUUCUUCUUGCUAUGAAAGUGCAUCAACAUCUUCUUUCUGAUUUCAUCAACAAAUUGGAACUACAAAUUGAUAAAAAUCAAGCAAAGAAGAAGGUUAUGUUUUCUAAUAAAGUUGUGGAAUUGGGGUCUCAAAACAAAGAUAAAUUUAAUGAUGAGAGUUUAGAAUCUAUGCCUUUGAAUAGGCAAGUUCUUUACAAAGGAAUUCUCAAUAAUAAAAACCUUAGAAGGUUAUAAAAA